AUGUCAGGACAAUUUCGCCUUCACCCCGAGCCUGGAACCGAGCGCCAUAGCCCGUUCCGUCCGUGGCGCAAUGCGUACUCCACGAUCCGCAAUGGCGGCAUUGGGAGCGGUUUACUUCUCCCUCACGUGCUCAUGCCCAUUUAUGGCGUCUAUGUUGUCCUCCACAGAUCCGGCUACUGGACAGCCGAAUUUGAACGUGGUCUUGCUACCCUCAUUUCUCUGAUUCAGGGAAUAUCAUUUGGCUCGGUCAUUGCGCUGUCCAUCGUUCGCUACAGCGCCUCAGGCAAGGCCAUCAAGGGUCGACGAAUCAAAAACACGGCAACCGACGAAGAAGACUCAAAACAGCAUCGCAUCGAGAUGGCUCUUCGCUUCAGCAUCUACAUCUUUGUUGCCACUAUCCUGUGGGAAUACCUUGUCCACUCCAAGUACUCGCCCGUUGCUGACGAACAAGCGCGUGAGACCUCUUCGGGCUUCUUGACCGCCACAGGCUCUUUGCGCAGAUUCUUCAACAACGAGAGCUUCCUCCCUCAAGCUCAAGAGAGUCGCGAUGCAACUUCGGGUCUUGGUCUCAACUACGAUCUGCAUGACAGGGCGAAACAGUUCAAAAAGGCCAUCGACAACUCGCCUCGCAUCCGCAUCCCUGGCACUACUGCGCCACAGAAGAGCAUCUUCCUCGAGACAUACGAAAAAAUCUGGAAAAGGAUCACCAGCGGACCUCGCCCCGGUCUCUUUGAAAUCGGACCCAAGAACUGGAAGUAG